AUGCAGAACCCUUCCACCCCGCGAAUGGUUCUGUCAAUGUGUCGACAAGUCACCCUCAAUGAUCCUGCAAAAUUACGUGGCACCUUACCGACUGUCAUGGGAUAUCUUCGUCAUGGAAACACUCGUCAUCUGGUCCGUAUCCUGCUUGAUGGUGGCAGUCAAGCUACCCUGCUGAGAGAAGGGGUCUUUCCAAAAUCCGAGCGAGACCUCUACCAGGAUCACGACCUUAGUCUCGUCGGUGGGAAGAAGAUAACCAGAAAGCUGAGACUUUUGGACUGCCACAUUGAAGACGUUGAAGGAAGGUGGUCGUCCCCUUUAUCUGUCACAGAGAUUGACGAGCCUUGUGGCAAAGCUCCAAUAAUUCUACCAGAUCAGCUCCGACAGUACGACCAUUUGUGUCAGGUCGACAUUCAAGUUGCUCCAUCGCAGACUAUCGACCUACUCCUGGGUGUCGAUAACAUACAUCUGAUGGUCUGGGAGGACUACAUCUGUGGUGAGAAUUUUGACGAACCUGUUGCAGUUAGAUGCCCGCUCGGUUGGUUCAUUCAAGGGGGACGGUCAGCAAGCUCAGCUAUGUUGGUAAACUAUGUAAAUGUCUCGGCCACUGGUCCACUAGAAGAGUUCCUCGCUUUAGAAGCAGCAGGAUUGGAACCUAAGAGAUGUAGAUGCUCUGCCGAUCUCAUCGACAAGAACGCAACUGAGGCCAUGCAGCAGAGUGUCUUUCAGUUGCCAGACGGUUCAUACGAGAAUCGACUGCCCUGGAAGAAACCGCCCGAUGAUCUGCCAAAUAACUACGACUAUGCCGUCAAGAGGUUGAAGAGUCUAGAGAAUCAGUUCCGCAACAGACCCGAGGAAUGGGCAACUUACUGCCAACAGAUGAGAGACCAGUUGAAGAGAGGCGUCUCCCGGCGUAUCACGGAAGAGGAGCUGCAGCAAGACAGAGAAAAUGACAAGAAGAUGUGGUUCCUGCCCCACUUUGCUGUCACCAAAGACUCGAAGACGACUCCGGUCAGAGUGGUGUACGACGCGAAGGCAAAGUAUCAGGGCCAUUCACUCAAUGAUUAUCUCGUGAAGGGUGAGAAUAUAAACUCCGAUCUGUUUGAAGUUGCCUUGCGCUUCCGAGAAAAUGAGGUUGGUCUCAUCGCUGACAUCAGCAAGAUGUUCCAAGCCAUCAAGAUCAAAUCUGAAGAUGCCCGCUUCCACAGAUUUGUGUUUCGAGAGAACCCCUGUCAACCCAUCCAUGUGUACGAGCUGACGACGGUUAGCUUUGGAGACAAACCGUCUCCAACCGCUGCCAUUGUGACCUUGAGGCAUAUAGUAGCUGAACACGCUGCAGACGACAAACAGCUGAACCGAGUGGUCGCAGACCAGUUCUACAUGGACGACUUGAACGAAUCUGUUGUCAGUACUGAAGAAGGCCUACAGCUCAAGUUAAAACUCACCGAGACCCUGAAGAAGGGCAACUUUGCCAUAAGGAAAUGGCAAUCAAACAUAGAAAAACUAUGUGACAAGACUGAAGAUGCUAAAGUUGCCACAGCUUUAGGCACCAAGUGGAACCUUGUGAAAGACACCUUGAAGGUCAAAGAGGUGAAGCCGGCCGAGGAUGUCCCUACCAAACGCAACAUCCUCAGACACACUGCCUCCUACUAUGAUGUCUUCGGCAUGCUGUCGGGACUCCAUGUUCGACCGAAGAUUCUCCUUCAGAAGUUAUGGCAGUUGGAGCUUGACUGGGACACCCCGCUCAACCCAAAGGGCGACUUAAGUGCCGCGCUGAGUGAGAUCAACAGAGACCUUGAGGAAGUAGCCAACAUUGAAAUCCCUAGGUGCCUGAUUCCGGAGCAGUACAAGGGAAUGAGGCCCUUGCCCGAAGUGUCCCUACAUGGCGCAAGCGAUGCAUUAGAAGAUGCCAUGGGUAUCGGAGUUUGGCUGAGGUGGUCCCGCCCAGAAGAAACUGAGGCACACCUGACAUUUGUCUGCGCACGAGCCAGAGUUACACCACUUAAGCAGACAAGCAUUCCCCGAAAGGAGCUUCAAGCCAUUCUCCUACUGUCUAGAUUGAUGCUCUCUGUCAAGAAAGCCCUUCGUUUCUACAUGGCAUACUCGAAGAUCUGGACGGAUAGCAUGACCGCUAUAAGCUGGCUGAGAGGACAGUCCAAAUCUUUCCGUUCCUUUGUUGCUUACCGUGUAGGCGAGAUAACAACGGAGUUUGAUCCAAUCAAGGACGUCGCAUACGUUCCAUCCGACCAGAAUGUCGUCGACCUUGUUUCCAGAGGGGGAACAGCUACUGGCAUGAAACGAGUCAUUGAUGGGCCGGUAUACCUGAAGCUACCCCCACAGUCCUGGCCCAAGACGCCGUCUAGUAUCCCAGUAGAUCUGAAAGAUGAAGAGCGUAAGAAGUUCCACGUGCGGAAUGCCAAGAUACUGGCGCUCAAAGUCAAUGCUACCUCAAACCCUGCUCCGAUUGUCGAUGCUACCGAGUUCUCCAGUUGGUCCAGGCUAAAGAUGGUCACAGCUAGAGUACUCUCCUUGAAAGAAAUACCGAAAAAGCAGUGGCUCAAGCAGUUAACCCAGCAGAUUUCACAGUGGCCCUCUUCAAAGCUGAUCAGGGAGGCUGAGUUGUACUGGAUAAGACAAGCACAAAGAGGCAUCAACUUCCAGGAUCCAAACAUCUUGAAGCUUGAUCCGUUCUUCGACAAAGAUGACCAGGUUUACCGUGUUGGUGGACGCCUGAAAUUCCAUUUUUACCUGGAAACCCCAUCCAAAAUUAACCAAUCAGGAACAAGCUUAGAGGGAAAGACGUCAUCUUUUCAAUGGCAUAUGCGCAGUGGUUGA